AUGCUCCUCUACAUCAAGUCAGCACCGACCAAAGCUAGCUCCAGCGCAGUGUCGUACAAACUCGAAGCAACCAUGUGCAGACGAAAUAUUGUCAAAAUGCCCUCCCGCUGGGGUGUCUGUUUCAUUGCUCGUGGGUAUCAUAUCCUUUUAUAG